CUCUUAUGUAAAACAUGUUUUUUUGAUUUUAGCUUCAUGGAAACCUUUAGGCAAAAAUUACUAUACAAUAUAAUGUUGAAAAGAUCGAUUAAAAGUUGGAGUGCUGUAACAGUGGCUGCCACGAUAGGCACAUUAUGUUCAUAUAAUCAAUAUCGGAAAUAUGUUGCUAGUUCUGUUGUGCAUGCCAAUCCAAAUGAUGAUACAGGAUGGUUCAGUUCAUUAUUGUCUAAAAGAGACUCCUACCCAAACCCUAGUUCAAGUGAUCUAAAUGUAACUGCAAUUUUACGAAGACAAGAAUUUACUAAGAAAUUUGGCCAGGAUAAAUUUGAUCCAAUUUCUUGGUUUGAAACCAAUCAUUAUAGUGCAAAUAAUCCAAUUGAGGAUCGGCAUUGUGAAUGUCGAUUUAAUUUAAGUGAUUCGUUCUUUUUUGGAAUAUUUGAUGGACACAGCGGCUGGCAUUGCUCUGAAAGUUUAAGACUUCGACUACCAUUAUAUUUAUCUUUGGCUUUUGGAAGUAAUGAAGAAAGAAGGAAGUUUUUAUCAAAGGAACUUAGUCCAAACAAAAUGAUGGAGUUUUUAGGCAACCCUGAUGAUGACUGCCCAACUUUCAAUUUUCCAGACAAUUUUCCUGAAAAGCAGAAACGUUUAAAAAGUGGCAGUAGAUUUUUUGCAGAAAAGGCUUGUGACAUGGUUCCACGAUUAAAUAUUAGUGAUACCCUCAAGUACACAUUUAUGUCACUGGAUAGAGAUAUCACAAGAGAAGCUAUACCUGAUGGUAAAUGCAAUGAACCAAUAUGGACGGGACUCUCUGGUGCAGUUGUCGUUGGAGCAUAUAUAAAAGGAAAUGAUCUUUAUAUUGCUAACACAGGAGAUUGUAGGGCUGUAAUCGGCAUGCGGUCUGCAUCAGGUAAAUGGUUUGAUAUUCCUAUGUCUGAGGACCACACUGUUAAUAACGUUCAUGAAGUGAAGAGACUAAAGGAGGAGCAUCCGCAGGAAAAAGAUACUGUUGUUUUUAAUGGGAGAUUACUUGGUCAGCUGCAGCCGUUGCGUUCAUUUGGCGAUGUUGCAUAUAAAUGGACUAAGGAUCUGCAUAAAGAGGUUCUUGAUAUUCUCUAUGGACGACCAGUUGUUGCCAAACAUAUUUACCACACUCCGCCGUACUUAACCGCCCAACCAGAUGUAAGUCAUAAAAAAAUUGACAAAGACGAUCGCUUUAUUAUCUUAGCAACUGAUGGACUUUGGGAAGUUGUGUCUAACGAAAAAGCUGUGAAUAUUGUUGGUAAAUAUCUUGAUGACUUAAGACAUGGAAUCAAACCAGAAGAAAAUGCUGCAACAAAACUUAUUCGAUACGCUUUAGGACAAGGGAACAAGCAGAAAGUUGAAGAUAUGUUACAACUACCUUUGCAUUGCAAAAGAGAUUAUCAUGAUGAUAUAACUGUAACUGUCAUUUACUUAGACAAAGAUUAUAGACAAUUAAAAUCUAAACUUUAAUUUCUUGUUUAGAGAUUACAAUAGAAAGUAAUCAGUCAUGAGAAUAGGUACAUCCAGCAAGCUGUUAGGAGUUUUUUAUAUUUUAAACAAAAUUCCAUCCUUUGUAUUUGUACACAGCAGCAACAAAGAUAUUACUAAUACAUCAAUUAACUCUAUCUCUACUAAACUUUUUGUGCCUCAGGGGUUGGGGGCUAUAGGUGGGAUGAGGAAGGGGCAGAUUGUGCACUAACCUUAUCUUUGUAAAUCAAAUAAUUUUGCAAAAUUCCAAUUAUUACUUUUUGGAUCCUCUUGUGUAAGCUUCCCAUACCCAGGUUGCAAAUAAGCCCAGAAGUUCAAUAAGCUCUUUGGUGCUUAAUUGAUGCAUUAUUAAUCCUUCUUUAUUUGCUGUUUUAAAUAUUGUCAAUUUCUUUUAGUAUAUCUAGAGAUCCACUUACCUCUGUUUACCUUUAAGUUCACAUUAUAAGUUCAUGACUCAACCAUGAAGUUAGAAAUAUCAGAAAAAGAAGCACAAAGCUAUAUAGUUCUAGUUCCUAAAACGUUAAAUUUAAACUUAAAAUAGAAUUACAUAGGGGCGUGCUUUCAUCAGCAAUAAUAUUUUAAUCUAACCUAAGAGCCUAAGUCCGCUGUGAACAUUGAAAAGUUUGAUGUGUGUGUUACUUAGAUACAAACGACAUUCUUGAUUACUUUUGGCUAUGAAAUUCUACACUCUCCUGCUUAAUAAAGGGCUGUAGUUGCACUUGUAUUUUCUAUCCUUAUUUUAUUAUUCUGUUGUAGUAUAAUUUAUGUAUAUAAUAUUUGUCAAAGUAAUUAUAUUAAAAGCAUUAUU